CCUUUCCUUUCCUUUCCUUUCCUUUCAACUGUGUAUCUGGCGGUAACCGAGGGAAAGAAAGUCCUAUAAUCACUGCACUCUGAGCAGAGAAAUGUUGGCGGUGCGAGCGCGAGGCUUAGGCCAUAACCUCAGGCUCUCCAUUUUCUACAAACAUCAUCCCUUAAUAACAGUUUCUUCAGCAAAGCGAGUGGGCACUCACGAUGGCACUUUCCACUGUGACGAAGCUCUCGCCUGCUUCAUCCUUCGCCUCACCAAUGCUUUCUCAAAUGCUCAAAUCGUCCGCACAAGAGACUCCCAGGUGCUGCACUCUCUUGAUGCGGUGCUUGAUGUUGGAGGCGUGUAUGAACCAAGUCGAAAUCGUUUUGAUCAUCACCAGAAUCGAUUUGACCAGGUGUUUGGCCAUGGCUUCACCACUAAACUUAGCUCUGCUGGCCUCGUCUAUAAGCAUUAUGGGUUGGAGAUAAUUGCAAAAGAGCUUCAGCUGGAUGAGGAACACUCAGAUGUGCAUCGGUUAUUUCUAGCAGUCUAUAAAAACUUUGUGGAGGCAGUUGAUGCUAUUGAUAAUGGAAUUAGUCAAUAUGACUCAAAUCAACCUCCAAGGUAUGUGAAUAAUACAAGUUUAUCAUCUAGAGUGGGAAGAUUAAAUCUGGACUGGGUAGAUUCCGAUCAGUCUUCAGAGAGAGAGGAUGAAGCCUUUAAACAUGCAAUGGAACUUGCUGGCCAUGAAUUUUUGGAGAGUAUUCAUUUCCAUGCAAACUCAUGGUUACCUGCUCGGUCAAUUGUGAUGGAAUGUCUUGCAUCAAGAGAAGAUUUUGACCACAGUGGAGAGAUUAUGGUGCUGACUAAAUCUUGCCCUUGGAAGCUCCAUAUAUUUGAGCUUGAGGAAGAAAUGAAGAUUGAUCCUUCAAUCAAAUAUGUUAUUUACCAGGAUGAUAGGAGUGAAAAUUGGCGACUACAGGCAGUUGCAGUCUCACCUGAUAAAUUUGAGAGUAGGAAACCUCUACCGCUUGCUUGGAGAGGUUUAGACAAUGAUGAACUCUCUGAGGUUACUGGGAUACCUGGCUGUGUUUUUGUCCAUAUGAGUGGAUUCAUUGGUGGAAAUCGAAGUUAUGAAGGUGCUCUUGCUAUGGCAAGAGCUGCUUUAAAGGUUUAAAGUGUAUAGCAGUCAUUAUCAUUGCAAGAUAGUACUGCUACAUUAACAAUCUGGAUGCGUUAAAUGCUGUGCCUCUAAGACCACCUAUAAUGAUUUUGGUUUUCCCCUUGGACCUUCUUGCUCUUUCCAAAGAUGAUUGCAUGGGCAAUUUGGUGGGAACAUUGGCAGAUCUGUCUCAUGUAAAUCUUCUACAGAAGCUGUGGCCCGUGUGCAAUGUCGCUCCUUACAUUUUUUUUUUCGAAGAGAUACUCUGUUGAUCUUGUUUAUUGAUAGAUUUCUAGAGCGUUUGAGGUAAUAAUUAUUGCACCUUUUGUAAGAAAUUGCUAGAAGUAUAAUUUAUCCACUUCUCUUGC